AUGGCAUCUCUCUCUUCUGUCCAAACGCUGCUCCUGCUGCUCGCCUUCGUAACGCCAUCGUAUUGCAUGAUCGAGGAAGGGAGUGCAAUAGAAGGACAGAGAGAGUUCGAUUACUUCGCCUUGGCUCUGCAAUGGCCUGGCACCUACUGCCAGCGCACCCGCCAUUGCUGCUCUUCAAAUGCUUGUUGCCGAGGCGCGAAUGCUCCGACUCAAUUUACAAUCCAUGGUCUCUGGCCUGACUAUAAUGAUGGAACAUGGCCUGCCUGUUGUACUCGAUCUGAUUUCAAUGAAAAAGAGACAAGAAUAAUAAGCUUUAUAGCAUGGUCAGAUGAUAAGAUCUCCACAUUGCAUGAUGCUCUAGAUAAGUAUUGGCCAUCUCUUAGUUGUGGUUCACCGUCAACUUGCCAUGGUACAAAAGGAUCCUUUUGGGCACAUGAGGUGAAAGUACUGAAUGAAGCAGGAUAUGUUCCUUCAAAUACUGAGAAAUAUCCUCUUGGAGGAAUUGUAUCUGCCAUCGAGAAUGCCUUCCAUGCAACCCCGCAAGUGGUUUGCUCAAAGCAUGAUUUGGAGGAACUUCGUUUAUGCUUCUAUAAGGAUUUUAAGAAAAAUGCUUUGUGUUCUGACUCUUCUCUUUUACAGCCUCGGGAUUGUGUAAUUCAAAAUGACAUGUAUACUUCAAAGAGCUCAUGUCCAAAGUAUGUUGGCUUGCCAACAUAUGUUUCAUUGGCUCAUGUGCCUCUAGCUAAUCAGUGGGUUACUGCGAUGACCCACAAGAUGGACAAGAGUGUUUCUGAAACUCCUCUUUCUAGAAGUUCUUUGUUGGGUGUCAUAGCAAUAGUUGAUUUGGGUGAUGAUGAGCCACUCCACGAAUCUACAGUGGCACUGCACAAAUAG